CUCAGCCAGCGCCGCUCCGCCUGGGCGAGAAGCGAAACUUCUGUUAUGGGACGGCGGGCGGAUCACCAUUUCUCAUCGGUACAGUCAACAGGGUGGGAUCUCUGCCGUUUGCCCCACAUCGUGGACAUCGAGAGUAAUGGAGAUGCAGUCAAUAAUGUCCGAGGAUCCUUAAUGUUUCUAAGCAUCUCGGGGAGACUCGUUUUUCUCAGCUGGAUCAGGCGCCUGGACCCGCAGCCUGAGGGGCGGCCGCUAUGUGGAGCUGCAUGUUUGCCAAUGGCACAGACGGCACAGCGGACCUCCAGCUCUGCCAUCGGUUGGGCCUCUCCUUGUCUGUUUUUACCUUCACCUACCUUUUCGUUUUCUUCCCUCUGGGAUUCUGCUACAACGCGCUGGUGGUGGCCGUGAACCUCUCCAACAAGGCCUCGAUGACCAUGCCCGACGUCUACUUCGUCAACAUGGCCAUGGCCAGCCUGGUACUGGGCCUAGUGGGGCCCCUGCAGCUCCUGGGGCCCGAGUUCUCCCGUUGGCCCCUGUGGCGCUACAGCGACGAGGUUUACGUCACGCUGCUCAUCCUCUUCAACAUCUCGUCUCUGGUGAUCAUGUACUCCGCGACUCUGCUCAGCCUGGACUGUUACAUCGAGCGCGCCCUGCCACGCACAUACAUGUCCAGCGUCUACAACACCAAGCAUGUGUGCGGCUUCCUCUGGGGCGGUGCUAUCCUCACCAGCUUCUCGUCCCUGCUUUUUUACGUCUGCAACCACGUCUCCACUAAGAUCGUCGAGUGCUCGAAAAUGCAGAACAAGGAGGUGGCCGACACCAUAAUGCUGCUGAUUGGUUACGUCGUUCCGGCCGCCGCCGCCUCCUAUGCUCUUGUCCUCAUCCUUCGCAUCCGUAAACAGCCCACACAUCUGGACCAGGAUCUGGGGAGGCUGGAUCCCUCUGUAUACCGGUUGCUCCUCGCUGCCGUGUCAAUGCAGUUUGUGCUGUGGACGCCCUACUACCUAAUCUUGCUGGUCCACACUAUCUCCAGGGUGCAGGGGACCUACGUCACAAGGCCAGUCGUAGCUUUCAACUUCCUCAGAGGUCUGUCUGUCCUGCUGGCUUUCUCCAGCAGCUUUGCCACGCCGUUACUUUACAGGCAGAUGAGCAGGACCUUUUCACUCAAGCUUCAGAGGCUGCUGAAGAGGCUGCCGUGCGGAGAGCGCACAUGUACCCACGAACACCCGGGGGUGCAGCAGGUGGUCUUGUGAGCAACAACCAUGCCCCAUGUCACCCCUUCCUGUUACCAUGGUGAUUCUACUGUUGCAUGCGCGGUGAAAACAUGGACCUGAGGCUGUUACAUUUUAUUAAAAGAGCCCCCCCCUGCCCGGGUUUUAAUGAGAGGUGCUUUUUGCUGUUUGAGAGCACUAGCGCUUCUUAUGAAGUUAACAUUAAUUUAAUUAACAAUUAUUAUAUUUUGUAUAUUUAAUUUUUAUUUCUUUUGUUUUUGUCUUGAGAUGUUAGUCCAAGAUUAAACCACAGACUUCUCUCUGUGGUCCUCAAAGCCACUGGCAACAAAAAUAAAUACGUUUUUUUGCACACUGCCUUUUCCAAGUACACAAUGUAUAUUACAUUUUGUAUAUUACUGUAAAACUAACACUGCAGUUUCCAGUGGGCAUUACAUAAAACAUGAUCAAAUUAUGAUUGUGUUAUUAAAUUAUUAUAGUGUUGUGUUAAGCGGCGAUGCCGUAGAUUCCCGGUGGGGGGAGCACUGUGCGUGGGGGAGCCUGGGGGGGUCACAGUUGUCAUAAUAAUAUUUGUUUGUGUUCCUUAUGAGUUCUGAACGGUGUCACUAUGCACGGCCGGGAAGGUGGGCCUCUUAGAUGCAGGCCUAUCUGCGGUCUCUCCUGCUAAAAGAUGGCGAAUCUGCUCCACAGCCACACCAGUAAAAUGGAACUUCCCAGUAUCACGAUGCAAGCCCUGCAGAAAGUGUUCAGUCUCUGUAUCCGGCUCAGGAUGAUCUGCGGCGUGAGUGUAAAGCCUGGAAGUCGCACAGCAAACUGAGACCAGGCCCCAGGUCCCUCCUUCGGAUGCUAAGGGAAUCAAUCACCUGCCAUGGCUGAAUGUAGGCCAGGCAGUACAUAAAAACCCACAUAAAACAGCAGACAUGUAUAAACACACAUGUUUUAAAUCGUUUGAGUUUUAUUGAGAGCUUGCAGGAAGGGUCUUGUUAAUCAUUGUUUCAAGUGAGAUCAAAGUCCAUUUGAUUACAGCCCCACAUGUAUCCUGACAUUGGGCCCCGUUGCACUGUUUCAGAUAUUACAGCCCUACGCUUUGACAUUUGAACAUGUCUGUGCAGGGGUAUGUUUAGUAGCGGGGUGAAAAGGAACGGAAUUAUGAACGAGACACCAGCGUGUUGGUAUCAGCUUUGUUCACGAUCCACGGGAAAGACUGGGAAAGUUAACUGAGCGUGGAUCCACUGAAAGUUAUCCUACAACAAGAGUUUGAUUUUAAACUAUUUUAAUAUUGCUUAAGUGUUAUAUUUAAUUUAAUACAGGUAUAUUGACAUUUUCAAAGGUUAUUUUAAAAUGUAAACAGCUUUAUGUAUGAACUUAUGUAUGUCUGUGCUUAAAUUAUAUAUAGUGUAUUUUGAGAUAAAUUUACAGUAUUGUUUUCAGAGAUAUAUUUAGAUACAUAACCUAAAUUACAUAUGUUGAGUCAAAGACUGAUCAACCAAUAAAACAUCAAUAUUAUUCCAA